AUCACCCAGUCCCCUCCUCUUCCAUUCAUUCGAAUAUAAAACUCCAAAAAAGCUUUCUUCUUCUUUUCUUCUUCUUCGUCUUCUUCACUCCGAGCGACCAUGUCUCUGAGACCGAGUGCUAGGACCGAGGUCCGUCGGAACAAGUACAAGGUGUCGGUCGAUGCAGAAGAGGGUCGACGGAGGAGGGAGGACAACAUGGUCGAGAUCCGGAAGAAUAAAAGGGAAGAGAGCUUGCAAAAGAAGCGACGCGAAGGACUCCUUGCUGCGCAGCAGCUGCAGCAGCAACAGCAGCAGCUCCCUUCCUCUCUCGCCCCCGCUUCCACUACCGAGAAGAAGUUGGAAAGUCUGCCUGCUAUGGUUGCCGGUGUUUGGUCAGACGACAGGAAUGCACAACUGGAGGCAACCACUCAAUUUCGGAAGCUGCUCUCUAUAGAACGUAGCCCGCCAAUAAAUGAAGUUGUACAGUCGGGUGUUGUCCCUCGUUUUGUGGAAUUUCUUUCGAGGGAUGAUUUCCCGCAGCUUCAGUUUGAAGCUGCUUGGGCUCUCACAAAUAUUGCAUCUGGGACAUCAGAAAACACUAGGGUUGUGAUUGAUCAUGGUGCUGUCCCAAUAUUUGUAAAGCUUCUUAGUUCACCCACAGAUGAUGUCCGUGAGCAGGCUGUUUGGGCAUUAGGAAAUGUUGCUGGUGACUCCCCAAAAUGCCGUGACAUGGUCCUAGGCCAUGGGGCCUUGAUGCCUUUGCUGGCACAAUUUAAUGAGCAUGCCAAGCUCUCAAUGCUGAGAAAUGCUACAUGGACUUUAUCAAACUUCUGCAGAGGGAAGCCUCAGCCUUCAUUUGAGCAGACAAAACCUGCUUUACCUGCCUUAGAGCGCCUUAUACAUUCAAAUGAUGAGGAAGUUCUCACAGAUGCCUGCUGGGCAUUAUCGUAUCUCUCAGAUGGUACCAAUGACAAGAUUCAAGCUGUUAUUGAGGCCGGUGUUUGCCCUCGCCUAGUUGAACUUUUACUUCAUCCAUCUCCGUCAGUGCUUAUUCCUGCUCUUCGUACAGUUGGAAACAUUGUCACUGGAGAUGAUAUGCAAACGCAGGUCAUAAUAAGCCAUCAAGCUCUUCCAUGCCUUUUUAACCUGUUGACACAAACUUAUAAGAAGAGUAUCAAGAAAGAAGCUUGCUGGACCAUCUCAAACAUCACAGCUGGAAAUGUAGAUCAGAUACAGGCUGUUAUUCAGGCUGGUAUUAUUCAACCUCUAGUUCUUUUGCUUCAAAAUGCUGAAUUCGAGAUUAAGAAGGAGGCAGCUUGGGCUAUUUCAAAUGCUACUUCUGGUGGCACCCCUGAACAAAUCAAAUUUUUAGUGAGCCAAGGGUGCAUUAAGCCAUUGUGUGAUCUCCUUAACUGCCCUGAUCCAAGAAUUGUCACUGUGUGCUUGGAAGGACUUGAGAACAUUCAAGGUCGUGAAGCUGAGAAGAAUAUGGGCAAUGGGGAAAAUGUAAAUCUGUAUGCUCAAUUAGUUGAUGAUGCAGAAGGGUUAGAAAAGAUUGAGAACCUUCAGAGUCAUGACAACAAUGAAAUAUAUGAGAAGGCAGUGAAGAUUCUUGAGACAUAUUGGGUAGAAGAUGAUGACGAGGAGCAAUUACCUCCUGGUGAUGCUUCCCAAUCUGGAUUCCGCUUUGGGGGCAAUGAACUUCCUGUUCCUUCUGGUGGAUUCAACUUUGGUUGAAGAACACUAAGUUAGCAUUGGGAUGAAGCUCAGACUGGUCUUUGGCAAUUAAAUGUUUCGUUGUUCAAGUUGGUGGCAAAGACACUUGCUCCCUAUUUGAGCAAUUCUGGGAAGAUCAAAGGGUUGCUGAACUAGGUCUAGCUCUCAUACAGUGGCUGAAUAAAUAUCAGGAUGGUUGACACCAUGAGACUGUGUUAAACAUGGUGAAAACUUUAUGCAGAUCCUGGAAAAAGAACAGAACACACACACAGUAUAGUCUUCUUUUUAUUAUUUUUUAUUUUUUAUCAUUUGCUGUGUCUUUUUCGCCCUUCCCCAUUUGGUUCUGGUUCUCAAAACCAAAGGGUGGAGGGCCCUGUAGCGGCGGGAUUCCAAAUAGAUUAGGGCAACAACAGGAUAAAGAUAAGUUUAUUUUUUAUCCUUUGUAGGGUCAGGGUUCUUUUUCAAAAUGUUAGAGUUGUUGAUUUGGUCUUUUCUGGUUAGAAGGGCAUGUGAGUCAGUUUGGACAGAGUUUUCAUUGGUUUUGUAUUAUUUUCAAAAUCUUUGAUUUAGUGAAGUUAUUGAAGUAUUCUUCAAUAUAGAUAGUCUUCACUGGUUCUGUA